AUGACUUCCAAGCUGGCUGUGGCUCUCUUGGUAACCUGCCUACUUUCUGCAACUCUCUGUGAAGCUGCAGUUCUGGCAAGGAUKGGCACAGAACUUCGAUGCCAGUGCAUAAAAACUCAUUCCACACCUUUCCACCCCAAAUACAUCAAAGAACUGAGAGUGAUUGAGAGUGGACCCCACUGUGCCAAUUCAGAAAUCAUUGUCAAGCUUGUUGAUGGAAGAGAGCUUUGCCUGAACCCCAAGGAAAAAUGGGUGCAGAAGGUUGUGGAGAUAUUUUUGAAGAGGGCUGAGAAUGAAGAUCCAUGA